UCCUCGUUGUGCCAUUGCUCCCUUAUGUUAUGGGGCCGACCACUUCUCGGGCAAAUUGGGCUCUCUCGCUUUCCCUCAUUUCAUCUUGUUCUCGAGCUCGAGUACAUCCAACAGGAAGAAUCCAAUGCCGACUCUCUUUAAACAACUGUUCCCCUUUCUUACUGCUGCUUCGAAGUCACUCGAUUCUUUCAUUAGCAGCAGCAGAUGGCACACGCUAAGUUAGUCCUCAUAGCAGCGGCUGCGGUCCUUAUUCUCUGCCAAAUUCCUCGCUUCGCCAAUGCUCAGCUGCGGCAGAACUACUACGCCAACAUCUGCCCCAACGUCGAGAGCAUCGUGCGCGACGCCGUCACCGCCAAGUUCAGACAGACCUUCGUCACCGUCCCUGCCACCCUCCGCCUCUUCUUCCAUGACUGCUUCGUCGAGGGUUGUGACGCGUCGGUGAUAGUGGCGUCUACGGGGAAUAACACGGCUGAGAAGGACCACCCUGACAACAUCUCCCUCGCCGGGGAUGGAUUCGACACGGUCAUCAAAGCCAAAGCGGCCAUCGACGCGGUGGCUCAGUGCCGGAAUACGGUGUCGUGCGCUGACAUCCUUGCCAUCGCGGCUCGAGAUGUUAUAGCUCUGGCCGGCGGGCCGUCGUAUGCUGUGGAAUUGGGAAGAAUGGAUGGGUUUACGUCGACGGCGGCAAGCGUGACCGGGAAGUUACCGCAGCCCGGCUUCAACCUCAACCAGCUCACCUCUUUGUUUGCGGCAAACGGCCUCUCGCAUUCGGAUAUGAUCGCUCUGUCAGCGGCGCACACGCUCGGGUUCUCCCACUGCAGCAGUUUCGCCAGCCGCAUCUACGACUUCAGCCCGCAGAACCCAGUGGAUCCGACCCUGAACAGGGCGUACGCGGCUCAGCUCCAGGCCAUGUGCCCCAGAGACGUGGAUCCGCGGGUGGCCGUCAACAUGGAUCCCGUCACGCCGCGAGCGUUCGACAACCAGUACUACAAGAACCUGCAGCAGGGCAUGGGGCUUUUCACCUCGGACCAGGUCCUCUUCACCGACGCCCGGUCCCGCCCGGUGGUGGACUCGUGGGCGCAGAGCGUCGCGGCCUUCGACCAGGCGUUCGUGGCUGCCAUCACCAAGCUCGGCCGUGUCGGCGUCAAGACCGGAGCCAACGGCAACAUCCGCCGCGACUGUGCUCUCUUCAAUUGAGGAGACGACUUUUGUUGAUGAUUAAUGGUGAUAAAAGAUCAUGAUGAUAGAGAGAUAUAUGAAUUAAUCGUACGUUUAAGUGUAUCCAUAUAUAUUUUAAUCCUUAAUUAAUCUGUAUUUUCUAUA